CCAUCCCUGAACUACCACAGCAGUGCAAUUUUGGCAGCAGCACUCGACACCCUCACGGUUCCCUACCGGCUCUGGUCGUCCCAGGGCUCCAUGGUGCACUUUGCUGACUCCCUCACCUUCUCUGGGAGGAAGGUUGUGGCUGCGUGGGCAUCUCUCCCCUUCCCUGCCUUUCCCGGCUCCUCGCUCCCAGAGAUUUUAAGUGCCCACCAGCAGGACAUGCCCUGGAAGCUCCUCCUGCCCUCCUGGAGGGAGCAAAAGGUCAGCUGCUGUUUUGCUCAGUCUGUUGUGCUCCGAGGAGUUUGCAAAGAAAGGCCCAGCAGCAGCUCCCUGGGACAGCAGCCCCGGAUGCCCCUGCAGGGCUGUGAGAGCCCCGAGGAGAUGCUCCAGCUCUACCUCCACACCCACUUCCCAGGCUCCUUCAGCACAGCCCACGUGCUCCAGCAGCCCUGCGACACCCGACCUCCCUUCCCCCAGUUCUUCUCUCCUCUCCUGACCAGACAAGGCUUCCUCCAGGACAAAGCUCUGGGUCACUCCUCGGCAGGGCCCAGCAGAGGUGUGCAGAGCAUCCCCGUGCUGGCAGCCCUGCAGGCCUCCCCUGUCCUGCACCAGCUGCUCUUGGGCCUCUGGCAGGACCUGCGGGCGCGGAACAUGCGGCGCUGGAGCAGCUUCUUCACGGCCGGGGUGGAACAGGACGACUUCCAGCAGGCCCUGGAGGAGCUCAAGACUCUGUCCCAGUGCUAUGAAACGGGCUUUGGGGGGGAUGGCUCCGAGGAUGAGGCGGAUUCAGACUGA